AUGGAGCUGCGAUCCUACCAGUGGGAGGUGAUCAUGCCUGCCCUGGAGGGCAAGAAUAUCAUCAUAUGGCUGCCCACGGGCGCCGGGAAGACCCGGGCGGCCGCCUAUGUGGCCAAAAGGCAUCUUGAGACCGUGAAUAGAGCCAAGGUCAUUGUACUGGUCAACAGGGUACACCUGGUGGCCCAGCAUUAUGAGGAGUUCAAGCGGAUGCUGGAUGGGCGCUGGGCCAUUGCAACCCUGAGUGGGGACAUGGGGCUGCGCCCCGGCUUUGGACAUGUGGCCCGGAGCAAUGACCUGCUCAUCUGCACAGCUGAGCUGCUGCAGCUGGCCCUGAGCAGCCCCGAGGAGGACGAGCACGUGGAGCUCAAUGCCUUCUCUCUCCUCGUGGUGGAUGAGUGCCAUCACACACACAAAGACACCGUCUACAACGUCAUCCUGAGCCGGUAUCUGCAGCACAAACUCCAGGGGACAAGGCCCCUGCCCCAGGUGCUGGGCCUCACGGCCUCCCCAGGCACUGGCAGGGCCACCAAGCUCAAUGGAGCCAUCGACCACAUCCUGCAGCUUUGUGCCAACCUGGACACGUGGCGGAUCAUGUCACCCCAGACCCACCUCCCUGAGCUGCAGGAGCACAACCGCGUGCCCUGCAAACAGUACGACCUCUGCCACAGGCGCAGCCAGGACCCGUUUGGGGACAUGCUGAAGAAGCUCAUGCAACAAGUACAGGACCGCCUGGAGAUGCCUGAGCUGAGCCGGGACUUCGGGACGCAGACGUAUGAGCAGCAGGUGGUGGAGCUGAGCAAGACCGCGGCGGAGGCCGGGCUCCAGGAGCGGCGCGCCCAUGCGCUCCACCUGCGGCGCUACAACGACGCGCUGCUCAUCCACGACACGGUGCGCGCCGUGGACGCGCUGGCCACGCUGCGCCAGUUCUACGACUGGGAGCGAGCCACCAAGACGCAGGUGCUGCGGGCGGAGCGCUGGCUGCUGGCUCUGUUCGACGACCACAAGGAUGAGCUGGCCCGCCUGGCAACGCGUGGCCCGGAGAACCCCAAACUGGAGAUGCUGGAGCAGAUCCUGCAGAAUCAGUUUGGGGGUCCAGGCAGCCCCCGUGGCAUCAUCUUCACCCGCACCCGCCAGAGUGCGCACUCCCUCCUGCUCUGGCUCCGGCAGCAGCCGGGUCUGCGGACGGUGGACAUCAGGGCCGAGCUGCUUAUCGGGGCCGGUAACAGCAGCCAGAGCACCCAUAUGACCCAGAAGGAACAGCAAGAAGUGAUCCGUAAGUUCCGGGACGGGACCCUGAACCUCCUGGUGGCCACAAGCGUGGCGGAAGAGGGCCUGGACAUCCCCCAGUGCAACGUGAUUGUGCGCUACGGGCUCCUGACCAACGAGAUCUCCAUGGUCCAGGCAAGGGGCCGUGCCCGGGCCGAUCAGAGCGUGUACUCCUUCGUGGCCACCCAGGGCAGCCGGGAGCUGCGGCGGGAGCAGACCAACGAGGUUCUCGAGGCUCUGAUGGAGCGGGCGGUGGCUGCGGUGCAGCAGAUGGACCCGGCUGAGUUCCAGGCCAAGAUCCGGGACCUGCAGCGGGAAGCCCUGGUCAGGCGGGCGGCCCAGGAGGCCCAGAAGCAGACCCGGCGGCAGCAGUUUCCGGCCGAGCAAGUGCAGCUCCUCUGCGUCAACUGCAUGGUGGCCGUGGGCCACGGGAGCGACCUGCGGAAGGUGGAGGGCACCCACCACGUCAACGUGAACCCCAACUUCUCGAUCUACUACAACGUCUCGGAGAAGCCUGUGGCCCUAGACAGAGUCUUCAAGGACUGGGUGCCCGGGGGCGUCGUUAGCUGCAGGAAUUGUGGGGAACUCUGGGGUCUGCAGAUGAUCUACAAGUCCGUGAAGCUGCCGGCGCUCAAAGUCCGCGCCGUGCUGCUGCACACCCCGCGCGGGCGGAUCCAGGCCAAGAAGUGGUCCUCCGUGCCCUUCCUGGUGCCUGACUUCGACUACGUGCAGCACUGUGCCCAGGCCCUGUCAGACCUCUCCCUGGGCUGA